ACCUCGCCUCUCUCAUUCGGUCUUAGAGAGGCUGAGCAAACUCCUCAAGAGAAAGAUCUCAAGAAUCUCAUCAAUCGGUACAAGAUGAGGAUGAGGAAGGAGAGGAGGCUCUUUAGCCCGGAGGGUGAUCGAUCAUGGAGUAUCACCGCGGGUACUGAUGCGGGUUAUUCAUCACACGGCCCCUCUGAUGCAACACCAGAACCAUCCCCCGAUGUGCUACUUGGACCCCCGACAUUUCCUUCGUAUACAUUCCAUACUGACUUACAUCCGAAAAUGCAAGACUAUCUCAGUUUUCCCUUUUCUCCAGACUCUCAGAAGCCCAAGGCUGACUCAAGGAAGUACCAUCCACGUGCUACGAGAAAGUUGGUGGAAAUGAUUCCUAUGUUGGAGACUAGGAAAGCUGUUGCACUCGCAGCAAAAGAAAGAGAGAUAGCGAAUGGUGCUAAGUCGAUCAUAUAGAGGGACGACGUGGCGAAAGUAAGCUUGAGUCUAAACAGUCGCCAAGAGGAAUGAUGGUCAUUAUUCAGUGGAAUAGUUAUAAUUUGCCUGUUGGUCCUUGGUCGUCCAGAUUAAAUGCAUAUAUUGGGGUUCUCAUGCGUAGAGCGAACAUCAUCAAUCCUUAUUUUUAUUUUCGAGAACUACCAUGAACCGCAUACGAGGCGAUAUGGAAUGAGCUUAUGGUAACUUUAUAUUACUUUAGCUUUUCAUUUACUAAUAAGUAGUAAUUGGUAUUAAAUUAUUCUAAUUAAAUGUGUAUGUAAAUUUACAUGAAUGCUUCUGCCUUGAGGACUUUGAGGAGGCUUGAAAUUAUGUGUUUAAUGUCAAGGUUGAAGUAGUCCUCAAACAAUAGAGGCAUGAGAUCAAACACGAAACUUAUGACAGGUAUGAGGAGGACUGGCAGAGGUCUUAAACCUCGAUGACCGAGUUGAUGAGCUUCAUUUCACAGCUUUCCUCAUGUAUUGGGACAGUGAUACCGCCAAGAAUAAACCAACGAAUGGGUCAGAGAAUAGAAGGAAGAAGCUGCAUGACCACCACUUGGGCACACACUCCUAUGCCAAUCUUAAGGAUGUUUAUUUUCGGG